CAUUGCUCCUCCCAUCCCACUUGAUCCUGACAACUCUCAGAAGACGGACGUCCCUGUGGCUCUACUUAGGAGAGGAAGAAACCGAGACCCUCCCACUCGGGGCUGACAGCGAAGGAGAGCCUGUCCUGUCCCAGCUGUCCCUUUAUCCAUGUUGCCCAAGCCCCACUGACAAUGGAUGAGAGGGAGGACAGCGAUGUUGAAGCUUGGCUGCAGCUGAAGCCUGUGGAGCCCCUGCCCUCCCAGUGCUGCGGGAGUGGCUGCUCGCCCUGCGUCUUUGACCUCUAUUACCGAGACCUGGAAAGAUGGGAAGCAGCCCGAGCCAGAAAUGACUGGAGCCUGCUGAGUGGGAAGCAGUCAUCCGAGACCCAGGGCUGCUCCACCAAGCUGAGUCCAGAGACCUUCCUGGCCUUCCACAUCAGCGCCAUAGAAAAACUCACAAAGGACACCUACCAUGUCCGGUUUACACUGCCUGGGAACAGUCAGCUCGGCCUGCAUCCUGGACAGCACCUCAUCCUACGAGGUACAGCAGAUGGCUUAGAAAUUCAGAGAGCCUAUACUCCCAUCAGCCCUGUCACUGCGGAAGGAUACUUUGAUGUUUUAAUCAAGUGCUAUCAGACUGGGCUGAUGUCCCGGUACGUGGAGUCCUGGAGAACAGGAGACACAGCUUUCUGGAGAGGGCCUUUCGGAAGCUUCUUGUAUGAACCAAACAAGUAUGGUGAACUCCUCAUGCUGGCAGCUGGCACAGGCCUGGCCCCUAUGGUGCCCAUCCUGCAGAGCAUCACAGACAAUGCAGAUGACGAGACCUUCGUCACUUUGGUUGGCUGCUUCAAGACCUUCGAGAGCAUCUACCUGAAGACCUUCCUCCAGGAGCAGGCCAGGUUCUGGAACGUGCAAACCUUCUUUGUCCUCAGUCAGGAGGUCUCCCCAGAGCAGCUUCCCUGGAGCUACCGUGAGAAGACCCACUUUGGCCGCCUGGGCCAGGAACUGCUUGAUGAGCUAGUGGCCCGCUGCCGGAGAAAGCCGUUUACAUUAGUCUGUGGCUCACCUGAAUUUACUGAGGACAUGGCUCAGUGUCUGCUGGCUGCUGGUCUGACUAAGGAUUCCUACUUCCUCUUCUAGCCCUAGCCGUGGACCUUAUACAGGGACACAGGAAGGAGCCCAGACUAGAAUCAGAAGACAUGGAGUCCAGGCCAGACAUUGCUUCUGACUUACCCAGAGACCUUGGGAAAAUGUCAUCACCCUUGGAACUUCCUUUCCUGUCUGCACAGAAGGUUUGCCCUUCCCUCCUAGUUCUGGUGUGUGAAGGGAACCCAGCAGCUAGCCUGGAAGCCAGGGAAGACUCCUCCAAAGAAUCCAAUCAUGGAGUCCUGCCAAGCUCAGGAUGGUGGGCACUGGAUGGGAUAAGGGGAGAGGAGCCUCUCUGAUCCUUCCAGAGGGUCCAGAGUCGGUGGUAAGAGAAUGACUUCAGGAAAAGCUCAGAGCUCUCUGGAGGACCUUAGCUUCUCUACCUUCCAUGGGUUGAUCCUGACUUGCUGAAGGCCUUGCUCGAUGACCUGACUGUGUUCUCAGAACAAGGCGCUUCCCUGGAUCAGUUCUGUGUCAGCACCAAGUCUUUCCUGCCAUGAUCAGCUUCAUGCUCAGAUUCUCUUUCCUGACUCAGGAAGCCAGCCCAGAGUCCUUUCCCCACAAAAGAAGAGUAAUAGAGGCAAAUGCCCCUCCCUCCUGCAGGCAGCCACAUAGCCCGUGCCUUCAGCUCGGUGCCCUGGCGACAGUUGCUAUGGAGAUCUAAAGAUAGAGCAGGAGUCAGGAGACCUGGGUCCCUCUCCCAGCUCUGCCCACUGAGUGGCUGCUGAUCCAGGUCCACCCAGCCCCCACCCCCACCUCUUCCAUCCUGCACGGGGCAUGCCCUCUCCAGGGAACUUGCUGCCCCUGGGCAUCACGUCGACCUAAUGAAUUCUGCUUUCCACAGCCUGGGCCCCAGUAUGCUGCGCCAGCACAGGCUAGAUACAGGCAGUCCCAGAUCUAAAGCUCGGCAGUGGAAUGUUAGAAGCUGAGAGCUAGGAGCCUUCAGGAUUAAGCAUUUUUAACCGCAGAGCUGAGCAGAUGCUCUGAUGCCAGAAAACCCUGUCCAGCAGAUCACUAUACAAACAGGGAAACCAGGGCCCCAAGAGUGGCUCACCCAAGCUGAAUGGCAGGGACAGCCCUACAGGUCUCCCCCCGCUCAUGGUUGUACACCCUGCUUUUCAAACUGGCCUCCAUGGGACCCUGGGGAACCUUGCCUGGAAGGCAGCAGGAGAGGGUGUGGAGGGAUCCCAGGUCCCCUUCAGUCACAGCAGGUCAGUGUAGUGAGGCCUAGAGGAAUUUUUGUCUUUGCUAUUCCACCGAGCAUGAAGGACAUGGGACUUCUGUUGUGGUUUGCAGGGUGUUAGGUGUGACUUCUCAGAACCAGGUGUCACGGGCACAUUAAAGUUCCAUGAACAUAAGUCAAGACGCUACAUUUUGUUUGGCCUGGGUCCUCAACCUGCUUGGGACAGUUUUCGCUGGGUCUCAGGUCCAGCAGGUGCGACAUGAGUGAAAGGCCCUGGCCCAGGGCCAGGGCUCCCAAGCACAGUUCUCUUCUCGCCUUGCCUAUGGCUUGGGACAAGACACACGUCCUCUCUCAGGGCUCCUAGAGCUUCACCGCCAUGCCUUGCUGAAUCCUGCUGGUGGUCCUCAUGGAUGCUCCUGGGGGACAAAGAGCCGACUAUCCCGGGAUAUAGCAGCAAAGGUGCCAGGUACAACCUUCCCACUGGAGAGCUCCAGCCAAGGCACACGUUAGAACUCGAAGCUCCAAAAGGGGUGAGUAUUGUAGAGAAAUGCUAAGAGAGUGGUGAGCAGGGCUUGAGCCUGACCUGCAGGAAGGGCAAGGACACUCCCCUGCCCUGAGAAUAGAAGCUUCAGAAGCAGUGCUCUUGCUCAUCUCUGGGAGGGUGAGGGAGGACUCCACUUAAGGCGAGGAAUCGAGGGCAGUCCCGACCUGCCUCUCUCUGUUUCUGCUUUAGAUAUUUAAUGCCUGGACUUUAGAUCAGGCCACCCAGAGGCAAUUGACACCCCUGUCGUAGGGUGGAUCCCUUUCUCUCACCUCACUCUGGUAGAAUUUGGGCAACCUGGCAACUAGUGCGAUAUUUGUUUGUUUACUUUUUCAAGACAUGGUUUAUACUGUAAAGAUUUAUCACUCAAAUUGGCUUAAUAAAAUGCUGAUUGGCUAGUAGCUAGGCAGGAAGUAUAGCCAGGGCAACCAAACUAAGGAUGAUGGGAAAGAGACACCCCGACACUCCUGUCCCCCCAAUGACCUAUUUCCUCCAGUGAGGUACUGUUGAAGUGUCUAACACCCUCCAAACAGCACAUAUUUGACAUAUGGGUACAUUUCAUAUCCAGAUCAUGACAGGC